AUGAUAACCAGACACAGAUGGACAUAUUUGGUUGGUAUUCAGGUUAUUUUGAAACUUUUCAAGCCGUAUUGCGGUUAUAAAAUGGCAUCUCAUAUUGAAUGUCUCGUUGGGAACAAGGUGUGUUUUGUCGAUUAUUCCCCCUUUAAAAGGUUCUCAAGGCCGCGGAAGGGUGGGAUUGAGGUUAUGGCUGGCUCUUGGCUGUUUAUAACUAUCACCCCGGUUACUUCAACCAGAAACAGAUGCAGCCUUUUCCGCUCGUAUCAGCAACACAGCUCGAGCAGACAUUCGUAUGCUAGCAGCACAUUACGGAGGUCAUGCUCCUGUAACCAGCUUCCUUGCUCUAUCAAUCGUGUGCGGGCAUCAACAACAGAGCCCAAGCGCAAGGACAGUGCUCUCACUGUGGACAUAUUCAAUUUCCAGCUUUCGAGUUCUCUCAUUCCUAGUUCUCUUCGAUCAUUCUUGUUUGAUCCGUUAACUAAGAAAGCGGUAAAUGUGGAAGAGAACAUGGUGGGAAGAGACCGAGAAUGCAAUAAGGUCAAGGUUGGGGAGGAGUUGAGGAGAGCCAACUGGGUUGAAAGGAUAAUUGAACUUCAGAGGCAAUGGAGGCAGAAGCAGCUCAAGGAUGAAGAAUGCAGCAUACAGGAAGCCAGUGAAGAUUGUGAUGGAAAUGGAGCUGAGGAUUUUUGUGAAGUGGAAUACGAUGAUGAUGCAGCUGAAGACAAGGUGGAAGCAGAAUCCUUCCGGAGGUUGAUGAGCCAUGUUUCUUGGUCAGACACCGAGCUCUUCGCUAAAUUGGCUUCUCUGAGCAACUUGGCCUAUGUGAUCCCAGAGAUUAAGGCCAACGAUCAAAGGAGAUGCUAUGGCCUAGACUUUGUAACUUCUUCCUUAACAAAGAAGGCAGAAGCAGCGGCCCUAAAAAUGAAACUUGACCAGGAUUCAACUAGUGUACCCCUGGAAACAUCAGCAACUACAGAAUCAGGAACAGAGAAAAGGCAGAAUUCUAGGCAGAACCAUCUCCCUCACCCAUCAGUUGCAUAUGACAUUGCAGCUUCUGCAGCAUCUUACGUCCAAUCCCGUGCCAAAGACCUUUUAUCCAUUGGUUCUGAACCCCAGAUGGAGAUCUCUGAUGCAGUUCUGCAUGCCAAAGGAAAACACCAGAUAGAGGAAGAAGUGGGAACUCCUCCAGGAAUACACAAAUCGGAGAUGGCUGCUUACGUUGCGGCAUCAUCAAUGACAGCAGUGGUUGCAGCUGAUGAGAAGCAAAAACAGGAGGCAGCAAGGGACCUUCAAUCACUUCAUUCCUCACCUUGUGAAUGGUUUGUUUGUGAUGACUCGAGCAUCUAUACACGCUGCUUUGUCAUUCAGGGGUCAGACUCCUUGGCGUCAUGGCAGGCAAAUCUCUUCUUUGAACCAACUAAUUUUGAGGGAACAGAUGUGUUGGUUCACAGAGGAAUUUAUGAAGCUGCGAAGGGAAUAUAUGAGCAAUUCAUGCCAGAAAUUACUCAGCACCUGGAAAGAUUUGGUGAUCGAGCAAAGCUUCAAUUUACCGGCCAUUCCCUUGGUGGUAGUCUUUCCCUUCUAGUCCAUUUGAUGCUACUGACAAGGGAAGUUGUUAAACCCUUAUCUCUUCUACCAGUUGUCACUUUUGGAUCACCUUUUGUGUUCUGUGGUGGCCAGAAGGUCCUUCACAAACUGGGUUUGGAUGAAGAUCACGUUCAUUGUGUGAUCAUGCAUAGAGAUAUUGUUCCAAGAGCAUUCUCCUGUGUUUAUCCAAACCAUGUGGCGCAAGUCCUAAAGCGCUUGAAUAGCACCUUCCGCUCACAUCCUUGUCUAAAUAAAAAUAAGCUGUUAUACUCUCCCAUGGGUACAAUAUUUAUUCUCCAACCAGAUGAGAUGUCAUCCCCUCCACAUCCAUUGCUCCCUCCAGGCAAUGCUCUAUAUGCAUUAAAAAAUACUCAGUCUGCUAAUGUAGCAAGUGCUCUCAGGGCCUUUCUAAAUACCCCACACCCAUUGGAAACUCUCAGUGAUCCUACAGCUUAUGGUUCUGAAGGUACAAUUCUGAGGGACCAUGACUCCCGUAACUAUCUUAAGGCAGUGAAUAAGGUUAUCAGGCAACACACAAGGCAGGAUAUUAGGAAAGCAAGAAAGCAGAGAAACCUACUCCGGCAACUCUUAGCUUCAAAAUCUCCCCAUACAUGGAGCAAUGAUUGCACUUCGGAAGAAAGGUUGGCAACAAAGGAACCAACUACCGGUGUCUAAGUUCUUCUAAACAAACUAUUUUUGCACACAAAAGGGGCUGUUAUUAAGAGCACAAAUUGUUAUAGUAACUAGCAUCAUUAAUGAUGUCAAUAUAGGUAGAAAAAGAUGUUACUUCUAGUUAGUUGGAAAAAUCCUUUUCAGUCCAAUAUUACAAAUAGACUGCAUGUGAUGGCAUUAAGGCCAUUUAUAAGUUACCAAGACCAAAAUCAUAUUUCAGUCCAGUAUUACAAAUGGACUGCGUGUAAUGGCAUUAAGGCAAUUUAUAUAAUAACAAGAACAAAUCCUUAACUCACAGGCAAUCUAAUAAAAUGCCUCAAAUUAUAUGAGACCAUGACAACAUUUUUUAAACUGGAAAAAGUUUAUGACCUUACAAAUCAGCAGGACACCUAGGACCACAAUUCUCAAUCUACUUAUGACCAAAAAGACAGAAACAUACUUCAGGAAAUACAAAUCCAAAAGCUUUGAAAACUUGCCAAUGAAAAGAAUUUACCAAAUGGCAAAGCCAAUACGAGGCCCAAAGAAUGGCUUAUAGAUAACUAACUACCUGAGAUAGCACCACUUUAGGACUACAGCAAUGGCUUGGCAGAUUCAAGGAAAGUAAACAAGAUGGCGAAUCUUUAUGGCUGUUAUGUUCAUACACUCCUGAAGGCAAAGAAUAAAAACUUGAUUUUGGUACACAAAUUCAUUAUUGAGGCUCAAAACUUAUAGACUUGAACAUAAACCCAGUAAGAACCCAAAGAUAUAAAGCAAACAAGACAUUCACGCCAAUAACGAUAAGGAAAUUUCCUAAACCUUGUUAUCAUAAUGCAUAAAUUCCAAUAUCAUCAUCUUGUUGUCAUGG